AUGUGAUUGACACGUGGGUGGUGACGCAACAGGAAGUGUUGACAUGAGAAUGGAAAGAUGAGUGCGGGACGGGUCAGUGAUCGAUGACAGGAGACACAUGUACUCCAGAUCAGCAGCUGUAUGUGUCGAAAGAUGCUCAUAACGCUGUGUUAUAUGUACCUGUGGCUGCGCUUUCAGCGAUAUUACACGAGCGUGAUCCGCAGCGCGUUAUACAGACUGAGCGCCGAUCACAGAAGCGUCACUUUCUGCGCGCUGAACACACCAAAGCGCUCGCGCGAGGAUCAGCUCUUCUUGCAGCUGCGCAAUAAUGUCAUGUACAUCUCCCAGCCGCAGGUGAUCUGUCACUCCGCAGAAACUCAUCGAUUCUCACAAUCUACGCAUGCAUUGACUGAAGCAUCUGUGUGUGUGCAGGCGUGUGAUGACCUCAGCGAGUGGACGCUGCUCGUGGGCUCUUCUCUGGCGCGUGCUCGCCGGUUAGAGAACAUCACCUUCAUCAUAGAGGCGACCUCAGGCCAGAAAGCCUGCGCGUCUGCUGCUAGUGCACAUGAGAAAGUGCUGAAGUGGUCAGACUACUGUCUCCCGCUGGCCCACAGUCCCGGACAGCCGUACAGAGCCGUGGCCGAAUCCAGUGUGGAAAACUGCUGUCGUCUCGCUGUGGCCUUUAUGGAAGAUCGACUACUGAUGGAAAAUGGCCUGAUACCUGAAAGAAUAGUUUCCGUGUUGCUCAGAGAAUCCACACUGAGAGAAUUGCAGCAGUCACACAGCAGCAGAAAAUCUGAGUCCGCGGCUGCCCAGCCCAGACCAGACGUUCUCUAUUCUACGCUCCCCAGAAAGAGCAGUCUGCGUCUGAGCGCCCGACGCGACUCGGAUGCGCAGAGCUGCAAGGAGGAGCGGCAGGAGGAACCGGAACGCACGUCCGAGCACCGGCACGGGGAGGGACACCUCCUCCAUCUCUCCAGCUGCCACGAGUGUCGGGAGCUGGAGAACAGCACCAUCCUUUCGGUGAAGUUCGCCUCCGUGGAGGACAUUCCGGAUCUCCCGGACGACUACGCUGCUGCCGAUGGCGAGGAAGAGGAGAGCGAGGGCUUCUCGGGUCGAAGUGGGCGGGUGAACGCGAGCGGGAAACCGCCUAACGUGCUGGUGUUCACGGGUGGCUGCGAGGAGCAGUUCCAGAGGGUGCGCUCGCUCCUGGCCGAAUGCGUCGACACCGAGAGCUACGCCAUCUACCACCUGCCGCCGCAGCAGGCUCUGAGCGAACCCUGGCCGGAGAACGUGCUGCUGCUGGUGCUCGCCACCGACCGCAACCUCACACCGCAACUUCAGCUGCGAUUCCUGUCCUACCUGAGCCAGGGCGGGAAGGUGUUGGGCCUGUCGUCCACGCUGUGCCCCGCCGGACUCGCUCUGCGGCCCAGAGAUACGCAGAAGGACCUGAUCUGCACGCUGACCUUCACCAAAUCGGACAGCACUGAGCUGCGGCUGAGCGUUCUCUGCAGCGGGGGCACGUACGUGCGGGAGCCGCAGGACGGCGGCGCAGGAGAGGUGGAGCUCUGGGGGGAGAUUGACGAACGGGAAGAGAAGCACAUGGCCAUCGUUCGAGUGACUCAUGGAGCGGACAGCGGCGAGGCCGUGCUGUGCCAGGUGCGUUUGGAGGUGGCACCUGACGCUCAUCUCGCUUCAGGGUUCUCUGAGCUGAAGAUGAGCAACGCUCGACGUUAUGAGGUUUUGACGGAGAUCCUGACAUCUUUGGGUCUGAGCUGUGAACUGACUCAGGUGCCCCCCCACAGCCCGCUCUAUCUGCUCACCACACGACGGGAGCAGCGGGACAGGUUUCUGCACUGGUUGCAGAGGCAGGUGGACGGGUCGGGUGGCGUUCUGCACACUCGGGUGGGCGGCUUCAGAGUGUUCCGUGCCGGAGAGAGAGCGGCCGAUCUGGGCCUCGGCGAGCGAGAGUUACACACCGACCCGCCGCACGACUUCUCCAAGCUCUUCAGUCUGCAGACGUACCAACAUAACCUUCAGACUCGACGCCUGGGCCAAACCGUCCUGUACGCAGACGUCACAUCCAGCACCAUGGAUCUGCUGGAGAGCUUGAUCCUGAAGUUGCCAGAGGAAAUGGGUUUAAUCGCCAUAGCUGCGCGUCAAACUCAGGGCAAAGGUCGGGGGGGAAAUGUGUGGUUGAGUCCGAUGGGCUGUGCGAUGUUUACGCUUCAUCUGCAGAUUCCUCUGAAGUCACAGCUUGGUCAAAGAGUUUCAUUUCUGCAGCAUCUGGUCGCUCUUGCUGUGGUGGAAUCUGUGCGCACGCUGCCGGGAUACGAGGACAUUGACCUGAGACUGAAGUGGCCCAAUGACAUUUACUACAGUAACCUGAUGAAACUGGGCGGAGUUCUGGUCAACUCCUCCAUCACGGGGCAAACAUUCAACCUUCUGAUCGGCUGCGGGUUCAACGUGAGCAACAGCAACCCGACCGUCUGCAUCAAUGAUCUGGUGCUGCAGCACGGCU